AUGGCGGUCUACAGAGACGAAGUUGAUGAGAUCACGAAAUGCUUCCUCGGGUACGAAGUCAAGUACAUCAGAAGAGACGAUAAUACAGGGGCAGAUAUGCUAUCCAAGCUCGGAUCCGGUAGAAAGCCAAUUCCACCUAGAAUUUUCUUGGAGCACUUGAGGAUACCCUCCGUGAAGGGUGCUAAUCCGGAAAACCCAGAUGUGGCAGUGUCUCCGGCAAAAGAAGUGAUGGUUAUCACUCCAGCUUGGACCAAGCCUUACCUGGAAUACCUCAUCGAUCAGAAGUUGUCAAAGGACGAGGUUCUCGCACGACAGAUCAUCAGGCGAGCAAAGUCCUACACAAUAAUCGAUGGACAGCUCUACAAGAGAAGCACAACUGGAAUUUUCCAAAAGUGCGUCUCAAAUGAAGAGGGCAUUGCAAUUCUUAGAGAGAUUCACCUUGGUGAUUGCGGGCAUCAUGCCGCUCCCAGGUCUCUCAUUGCAAAAGCUUUCCGUCAAGGAUUCAUUUGGCUAACAGCAAAAGCUGACGAUGAUAAGUUAGUCGGAACCUGCUGUGGCUGCCAGUACUAUGCUACACAGCCAAACGUACCAGCUUAA